GUAAACUUAUGGUGUUUACCAACAGGAUAUAGCACAUCAUAUCUAUCACAACUUGGAUUAUGUGAUCAAUGUAAACUUCCAUUUAUUGAUGACAAUAGUACAGUGUUUAUCUGUGGUUAUGCCUAUCAUUUAACUUGUUAUUACGGAAGAUGGAUUUAUUAUGAGGAGUUCUAUAAAAAAGGAGUGGUUAAAAAUAUUGAAUUAUUCUUAAAGCAAAUCGAAAAAUCAACAAAUACAUUUACCUUAGAGGAUCUUAUUGAUGAUAAUAAUACAGAGAUGGAGACAAAAGAGAGAGAUGAUGAAAAUUCUGGAGAAAUAGAUAAAACACUAGAUAUUUUAUCUAAACUUACAAUAGAAAUUAACCAAAUAGAAAAUUGGUAA